AUGCUGAACAGCGUUUUGUUGCUCAGCGUUUUAACUGUGACCAGUUUCGCAUCGAAGACAGAGAGCCGCAAAACAUCGAAAGAAAUUUGUAAGAACCGCUGCUCCUGUGAGGAAAAGGAGACUAUAUUGAGCAUUAACUGCGAAAACAAAGGGUUUACAACGGUGAGUCUAUUUCAGCCUCCACCGAACAAAAUCUGCCAACUCUUUCUCAAUGGAAACUUUCUUUCGAGACUGAAUCCGAACGAGUUUAUCAAUUAUGGUAAUGUCACAUCCCUUCAUCUGGGAAACAACGGGUUACAGGAGAUACAGACUGGAGCUUUUACUGGACUGAGGUUUUUAAAACGACUUCAUCUCAACAACAAUAACUUGGAGAUAAUCAAGGAAGACACCUUUGCUGGUUUAGAGAGUUUGGAGUAUUUACAGGCAGAUUAUAAUUACAUCAGUGCCAUUGAAGCAGGUGCAUUCGGCAAAUUAAAUAAACUCAAAGUCCUGAUUCUCAACGACAACCUCAUGCUGUCUCUUCCCAACAAUGUAUUUCGUUUCGUUAUGUUAACGCAUUUGGAUCUAAGGGGGAACCGGCUUAAGAUGCUGCCUUUUGCUGGUGUGCUGGAGCACAUAGGCGGCAUUAUGGAGAUCCAACUGGAGGAGAACCCGUGGAAUUGCACCUGUGAUCUGAUACCCUUAAAAGCCUGGCUGGACACCAUCUCGGUCUUUGUAGGGGACAUCGUGUGCGAGACCCCCUUUAGACUGCAUGGAAAGGACAUUACGCAAUUGAUUAGGCAAGAUCUAUGCCCCCGACGUAAUGCUGGUGAUUCUAAUCACCGCGCAAUGCAGCCCCCUUCUGAUUCUCAAUACGACGGCCCCUCUCCCACCCUACACCCCGGUGUCACUCCAACAAAAGGCCCACGGGCCUCCCGUCCCCCUAAAAUGAGAAAUCGCCCUACACAACGGGUAACGUCUGGUAAGGACAAACAAGUGCUGGGGCCUAUAAUGGUUUAUCAGACUAGGUCCCCUGUUCCCAUGACCUGCCCUAGUAUAUGCGUCUGUACCUCCCAGAACGCAGACAGUGGAUUAAAUAUCAACUGCCAGGAGAGGAAAUUGCAUAAUAUAACAGAGCUUACCCCUAAACCCUCCUAUCCAAAGAAAUUGCAUUUAACAGGGAAUUACUUACAUACCAUAUAUAGAACAGACCUAACCGAAUACAGCACACUAGAGCUCCUCCAUUUAGGAAAUAAUAGGAUAGCUGUUAUUCAGGACGGGGCCUUUGACAACCUGGCUAAUCUACGGAGACUUUACCUCAAUGGCAAUUACAUUGAAAGUCUAUCCCAAUCAUUAUUCGUAGGGCUGCAGAGCCUUCAAUAUUUAUACCUGGAGUACAAUGUCAUCAAGGACAUUUUACCACAGACGUUUAACUCAUUACAUAAUCUGCAGCUGCUGUUCCUAAACAACAAUCUAUUAAGAUCACUUCCCGACAAUAUUUUUUGGGGGACUAUGCUAACAAGACUGAACCUGAGGAACAAUCACUUCUCCCACCUGCCGGUGCGCGGUGUGCUCGACCAGCUCUCCGCAUUCAUUCAGAUCGAUCUGCAGGAGAACCCAUGGGAUUGCACAUGCGACAUCGUUGCCCUUAAAAACUGGAUGGAGCUGUCCAGUACCAGCGUAGUGGUAAAUGAAAUCACAUGUGAUUCGCCCUCCAAACACGCAGGGCGACUGCUCAGAUCUCUGCGUAAUGACGCAAUUUGUCCCGAGCCUAACGAGGUCACAGUAGGCCUAACCAAGGCCCCCACCGUCAGUCCCAGCACCGACUCCACUCCCCCGCUUGCCAUCACGUCAACAGCAGAGCAGAUACCCGAGAUGCACGCGGAGGUGCCCCUGUCUGUUCUCAUACUGGGACUACUCGUGGUGUUCAUUCUGUCGGUCUGCUUCGGGGCUGGUCUUUUCGUAUUCGUCCUCAAACGACGCAAAGGAAUUGAUAGCGUUCCCGCCAGUGCCAAUAAUUUAGAUAUAAACUCUUUCCACGUACAUUAUGGUUCAUAUAGCUCAGAGCCCACUGCAGAUAAAACAGAGACACAUGUGUAUAACUACAUCCCUCCCCCCGCUAGCCAGAUGUGUCAGAACCCCAUCUACAUGCAGAAAGAUAGCGAGCAGGUGGCGUACUAUAGGAAUCUAAAAGAGCUAACUUUCAGCACCAUGGACCCGAAAAAGUCGGAGUUGCCCCCAAGCCCAUAUACCAUAAGCACAGUGGAACUCAUUGAGAAACAAUCUUGUGGCAAUCGACAGCCGGAGCUGCUAUAUCAAAACAUUGCAGAGAGAGUUAAGGAGCUUCCGACUGCUGGCGAUCAGAAUUACAGUUUCUGCACUUUACCGAAAAGACAAUUCAUCCCUCCAUUUGAAACUACUAGACGACACAAACAGGACAGGUUGAAUAAAACUGUUCUCUAUGGGACUCCACGAAAGUAUUAUGCUGAACAAUCAAAAAAUGAACACCCUUUGCUGCCUGGGAAGCUAAAAACAGAACCAGACUACCUCGAAGUUCUGGAAAAACAAACUGCAAUGAGUCAGUUGUAA